AUGGCUGGGUAUCUGCAGGCGCAGGACCAGGCGCAAGCCAUGGUGGCCCAAGUCAAGACUUUGACUGUCGAAAAACUAAAGAACCUGCUUCGGUCCGAAUCGCUGCCUGUGUCGGGUGUUAAAAGUGAACUGCAAAUCAGGACCAUCGCACACAUCGAAAAGCUGCGCAAUGCUGGCGACAUCGCAGGCCUGAAUAGGCUUCGAGGGAACAUCAGAGGCAUUCCUCCGCCUUACAACAACCAUUCAUACCCUCCGCCUUAUUCUGCACACACUCCCGCAUCUUCCGCCUCCCCCCAGUUUUCGUCUCCGAAUACCCAUACGCCAUACAACAUGUCUUCGACGUCUUCAUCCCAUCCACCAAGCCGCAUCAGCUUCAAGAAUUCGCCAUUCUACACCAUUGUCCGACCAUUGACCCAGACCUUGGAGUGUAAAGCACGAGAAUCAACCCGAGAUACCGCCCGUCUUACAAUCACGCUCGGCCAGCAGGUCGCUUCCCAACUAGAGUCGGAUUCGUCAUACAGAGUCAUGGUUUUCUGUGCUGGGGAAGGCUUUACACCAUUCACCAGAGAAUCAGAAAUCGCAUUUCCACACAAUGUUGAACUGAAAUGCAACUCUGAUGAAGUGAAGGUGAAUCUUCGAGGGCUGAAGAACCGACCUGGAUCGACCAAACCAGCAGACGUCACAGAUUUCAUCAGGAAGAAGCCACCGAAUUAUCCAAACUCGGUGGAGAUGAUUUAUGCAUUGACUACUAAGAAGUUCUACUUGGUUGUCAAUUUGGUCCACAAGAAAUCAAUUGACUCCAUGGUGUCCGAGAUCCGCCGAGGCAAAACAAUCAGCAAAGAUCAAGUCCUGCGGGAAAUGCGGUCGAAAGCGGACGAUCCGGAUAUUGUGGCAACGUCAAGCGUGUUGUCUCUGAAAGACCCGGUCGCAUACACACGCAUUGUUACUCCAUGUCGGGCCAUGUCAUGUAAUCAUAACCAGUGCUUCGAUGCGGCGUGCUUUCUCCAGCUCCAGGAACAGGCGCCAACGUGGACAUGCCCAAUAUGCAGCAAAUCUGCAGCAUGGGAGAAUCUGGUGUUGGAUCAAUAUGUUAAUGACAUUCUGAAUUCAACACCGCUUGACACCGAAGCGGUCACCGUUCAGCCGGAUGGAAGAUGGUCUAUUCAUACCGAAGGCGACAAUACGAACCAACGCAAAUCAAACCCCACACCAAGCGAUGACGACGAUGAUGACGACGAAGAUCUGGUCGAGCUCGGAGACAAACGCGACGCUCGGCCAAAAGUCGAAACACUAACACCUUACAGCGUUAGAACUCCACCACUUUCUUCCAGAGAGGAUUCUAGCGCACCGUCGGCAUCAAGAUCCAACAAACGCCCGCGCGAGGAUGUGAUUGACUUGACGCUAAGUGACGACGAGGCGCCAGCGCCAAAAGCACGGAGAUUAAUAGAUCCAGUUGCAUCCACUGUACGGCCUCCUGAUCGAUACCACUUUCAAUUACCUCCUAACCCUCCAUCUUACACGACCAACAGGUUUAACUCAAAUUCUUUAUCUUGA